AUGUGCAACACAAUUAGCCAAGCCGUUCAACUCUCAAGGACACCGCCUAGGAUAUUUAAUCCCCUUAUCUGUAAUGACACCCUCUUUGAGUCUCGAAGUAAUUUCCGAUCGAGCCUAUUGGUCGUAAGAGUAGACCCACUUAGCUACACCGUAUCUGAUUGGAGGACCGACAGCCGGCUACAGUUAACUGUUCGCCCAUUGGUCAAUGGACUCGGCUUCCUCCGCUCGCAUGGGAUACGACCAUUUCAAUACGGCGCAAGGUGCCAUUACCUAAUUCGCGUUGGCCAAUCGCCUUUCGCGUUAAUAACGCUCUCGAACGCUAUUGGCCGGUGA